UUUUCUAGAGAUUGCUGAUAGGAUAACGGCUUACCCGGUUCAAGGUUGGGUCGGAGCUUGGCUCAUGUCUACGCGGAUUUGGGGCUUGAAGCCUGGUCCGCCGGCCACCUUGAACUUUACCUACUUUUGGCGAACAAUCUGA